AUGGGCGACGCGCCCCCGCCGGCCCCCGCGUCGCUCGUCGAGGGGGGAGGAAGCGAUGGGGCGGGGCCUGACCCUAACUCGCACCGGUUGAGCCCGGAGACCGUGUCGGUGGAGCUCUCCAUGGGCGGGGACUACUACCACGCCUGCUGCGGCGACCCCGACCCCGACCCCAAGCCCGAGGGACCCCAGGUGCCGUACAUCGGUAACAAGGAACCUCUCUCCGCCUUAGCAGCAGAGUUCCAGUCUGGCAGCCCCAUUUUACAGGAGAAAAUAAAGUUGCUUGGUGAACAAUAUGAUGCUUUAAGACGAACACGAGGAGAUGGAAACUGCUUUUAUCGAAGCUUUAUGUUCUCCUACCUGGAACAUAUCCUUGAGACACAAGAUAGAGCUGAGGUUGAGCGCAUCCUAAAAAACAUUGAACAGUGCAAGAAGACACUUUCAGGUCUUGGAUACAUUGAAUUCACUUUUGAAGACUUCUUCUCUAUGUUCAUUGAGGAGCUGCAAAAUGUUCUGCAGGGACACGAAACUUCUAUUGGGCCUGAAGAACUUCUAGAAAGAACCAGGGAUCAAACGACUUCUGAUUAUGUUGUCAUGUUCUUUAGGUUUGUUACCUCUGGUGAAAUUCAAAGGAGGGCUGAGUUCUUUGAACCAUUUAUUUCUGGCUUGACAAAUUCGACCGUGGUUCAGUUUUGCAAGUCUUCUGUGGAGCCAAUGGGCGAGGAAAGCGACCAUGUGCACAUUAUUGCUCUGUCAGAUGCGUUAGGGGUGCCAAUCCGCGUGAUGUACCUGGACCGAAGCUCCUGUGACACAGGCAAUCUAAGUGUGAACCACCAUGAUUUCAUUCCUGCAGCCAAUUCCUCUGAAGGUGAUGCUGCAAUGGGAUUAAAUCCGGCUGAGGAGAAACCUUACAUUACUCUGCUCUACCGGCCUGGUCACUAUGAUAUUCUCUACCCAAAGUGA